CGGCAAAGUACUUAAACGAAUUCCAGAUAACAUUAGUAAAUGUUAUUGUUUACAAGAAGAAAGCUGAAAGCAGCUCGUGUACUUAGUAGUAAAUAGAACAAAGCAAAUAAUUACUAACCGUAAUGACCACUGAUACAUCAAUAGUAACAUUCUUGGUUAAAAGUGUUAGAAAUUUGCGUACAUACGGAAAAUUAGCUGUCGGGAUUUUAUUAUUGGCAUUAGGAAUUUCUUCCGUCAUUUACACGCCAUCAGAUUUCCUAUUUGAUCUUAGGCUGCGUAUGGUGCCUGGUACACCUCCUUAUACGAUGUGGGCAGAACCACCAGAAAAUCUUCUAGCUAAAGUAUAUAUUUUUAAUGUAACAAAUUCGGAACGAUUUCUGAAUGGAUCAGAUUAUGACUUGCAUUUACAGGAAAUCGGACCUAUUGUAUACAGGGAGAAAUUUCGUCACAGUAACAUACGUUUCAAUGAAAACAGCACCUUAACGUACACGAUUACACGAAGAUUGCAUUAUCUUCCAGAACUUAACACCAUUGAUAUCAACGACACAAUUAUAGCACCAAAUUUAGCAAUGUUGGUAAUGACUUCAUAUUUCUCCGAUUCCUCAUAUUUCACCAGGACCGCCAUAAAAGUAUUGUUGUACAAGCAUGAAAGUGAGCCAUUUGUUAAGAUGAGUAUAUACGAUUUUCUGCACAAUGCAUCCAGCGCUUUGUUGGAAGAUGCUAGACUGUUCAAUGGUAAAUUGGUACCAUCUACUAAUGUUGGAGUUUUGAACCAAAUGUAUUUGAAGAAUUCCUAUAAUGUAACAGUAGCUAUUGGACCCAAAUACGGGAACAAAGACUUUUUUACCAUUCAGAAUGUGGAUGGGGUAAAUUCACUGCCAGGCUUCAAUAGAUGCAAACCACCGUUCAGCCGUACUUCAGAAACCACACUUUUUCCUCAAUUUUUAACAAAAUCUGAUAAAAUAAAUGCGUGGAAAGCCGUACUGUGUAAGGCAGUUGAUGGAGUAUAUGCCAGUGAUGUCAGUCGUUAUGGAUUGCAUGGAUAUCGGUUUGAAGUUCCUUUGAAUGUUUUCAACAGAACUGAGCCUAAAUAUGAAGAUUGUUAUAAGGGAGACCCUCCACUACCAAAUGGACUAGCUGAUCUGUCAGCAUGCUACCAUGGUUAUCCUUUUGCUGCCAGUUUUCCACAUUUUAUGAGCGCAGACCCUCUUGUUUCUAACCGACUGAAAGGUCUGAAGCCAGACAUCGAUAAGCAUUUAACAUAUCUCAAUGUGGAAAAGCUUUCAGGUGUACCGUUAGGCGGUAGAGCAAUAUUUCAAAUCAAUUUGAUUUUUCGAGAUAUGUCCUCAUUUGGAAGCAAAUUGGGACGAUUUACCAAUAUGAACUUACCAUUUGCCUAUGUGGGAUACGAAAUUGAAGGAUUGCCAGUCCACGUACGUGUAGUAUUGUACAUAAUGACCAUCCUAGUUCCAAACACACAACUGUUUAUGUCGAUAGCUUUUUUCGUAUUCGCAUUUACUUUAUUUUACUAUUAUUGUAAGCAAUGGAAUAAACCCGGUAUUACUAAUAGAACAUUCCCAAUUGACCACAAAAAAUGCAAAGAAGAAGAAUCGUUUAUUAAAAUAUAAUGUAAAAAGUG